CUUCUCGUCGUCUCCUCUAUCAACACUCAAUAGGGUCCAGCGGUACGCAUGUUCACAUCGCUCUCCGGCAUAUUCGUAUUAUUAAGUAAACCCUUAAGGUGAGCCUCUCUCUGCGGUAGUAGCUAGGGGGUCCUCCCGUCGUUCUGCCGGCAGCCCACGGACACGAAGAGAAGAGACGAGAGACGAGGAGGAAAACGGCGAGUCAUCAGCUCCCAUAAGACACCAGGAGGUGAGCUCCCAGGCGGUCCACGAGGAGUCUAGGAGCCCCAGCAGAGCCCCACCAUGCCGUCCCUCCUGCUGCGCGCCCUCCCCUCUCUGCUUCUCUGGGUGCUGCUGUCCCCGUCCGCCCUCUCCCAGGGCGACGGCGACCUGGUGGUGGCCACCAAGGCGGGCCGGGUGCGCGGGGUGCGGUUGCCCGUGCUGGAGCGGAGCUACGUCACCUCCUUCCUGGGCGUGCCCUUCGCCGAGCCGCCCACGGGCCGGCGCCGGUUCCGCGCGCCGGAGCCCAAGCGGUCGUGGGGGGGCGUGCACGAGGCCAACGCCUACCCCGCCGCCUGCUACCAGUUCGUGGACACCUCGUACCCCGGCUUCCAGGGCAGCGAGAUGUGGAACCCCAACAGGGAGAUGAACGAGGACUGCCUGUACCUCAACGUCUGGGUCCCGUCCUCGCCACGCCCCCACAACCUCACCGUCAUGGUGUGGAUCUACGGGGGAGGGUUCUACAGCGGCUCUUCGUCCCUGGACGUGUACGACGGCCGGUAUCUGGCCCACAGCGAGACGGUCAUCGUGGUUUCCAUGAACUACCGGAUCGGAGCGUUCGGCUUCCUGGCGCUGCACGGCUCCUCGGAGGCCCCGGGCAACGUGGGGCUGCUGGACCAGAGGAUGGCUCUGCAGUGGGUGCAGGACAACAUCCACCUCUUUGGUGGAAACCCCAAGCAGGUCACCAUCUUUGGUGAGAGUGCGGGCGGGGCGUCGGUGGGCUUCCACCUGCUCUCCCCGGACAGCCGGGCCACCUUCACGCGGGCCAUCCUGCAGAGCGGCGUGCCCAACUGCCCCUGGGCGUCGGUCAGCGCGUCGGAGGCCCGGAGGCGGGCGCUGCUGCUGGCCAAGCUGGUGGGCUGCAGCGGGGGCAACGACACGGAGCUGGUGGACUGCCUCCGCAACAAGCCCCCCCAGGAGCUCAUCGACCAGGAGUGGCAGGUGCUGCCCUGGUCCGCCCUGUUCCGCUUCUCCUUCGUGCCUGUGGUGGACGGGGUGGUGCUGCCUGACGCGCCCGAGGCCAUGCUCAGCUCUGGGAACUUCAAGGACACGCAGAUCCUGCUGGGGGUGAACCAGGAUGAGGGCUCCUACUUCCUGCUCUAUGGAGCACCCGGCUUCAGCAAGGACAACGAGAGCCUGAUCUCCAGAGAGGACUUCAUGCAAGGCGUGAAGCUGAGCGUCCCCCAUGCCAACGACAUCGGGCUGGAGGCCGUGGUCCUCCAGUACACCGACUGGAUCGACGAGAACAACGGCCUGAAGAACCGCGACGCCAUGGACGACAUCGUGGGCGACCACAACGUCAUCUGCCCGCUGGCCUACUUUGCCCACACCUACGCUCAGUACAACGCGCUGCGCAGCAACCAGGGGGGCAUCCCUGGGGCCGCGAACACUGGCAGCUCCCAAGGUGGUGUCUACCUCUACCUGUUCGACCACCGUGCGUCGAACCUGGCCUGGCCGGAGUGGAUGGGCGUCAUCCACGGCUACGAGAUCGAGUUUGUGUUCGGCCUUCCCCUGGAGAGGCGGCUGAACUACACCUCUGAGGAGGAGAAGCUCAGCCGGCGCAUCAUGAGGCACUGGGCCAACUUCGCCCGCACGGGGAACCCCAAUGUGAACCAUGAGGGGCCUGUGGACAGCAGGAAGCGCUGGCCAGCCUUCUCCCUCAGCGAGCAGAAGUACGUGGGUCUGAACACGGAGCCGCUGAAGAUCCACAAGGGCCUGAGGAACCAGCUGUGUGCCUUCUGGAACCGCUUCCUGCCCCGCCUGCUCAACAUCACCGACAACAUCGACGAGGCCGAGCGGCAGUGGAAGGUGGAGUUCCACCGCUGGUCGUCCUACAUGAUGCACUGGAAGAACCAGUUCGACCACUACAGCAAGCAGGAGCGCUGCAGCGACCUGUGAGCCCCAGGACGGGAGAGGACGGCCGCUUCCCUCCGCUCCAACGUUGACCACACAAAGCACUGUUGUUCUCAUGUUAUUUAUUGAUUUAUUUAUCUGGGUUUAGUUCUUCUCAUUGACUCUGACCAGGAUGUCUUGUAUGUUUCUGUUGGUCAUCACCGUGAAGGAAAGUCAAUUACCUCUAAUGUGUGUAUGCGUGUGCGUGUGCGUGUGUGUGUGAUUGGGAGAUAGAUAAAUGUCAUGUGCGUCUAGGAAACACUGGUUAACUCUGAACAUCACAGGAAUCUAUUUGAUUUGACCUCACUGCCAUUCUUUUCACAACACUACAGAUCCAUAUUAUAUACUAAAAUAUACGGAUGACCCUUUUUUAUUGGCUUUAGGCAGCAUUACCCUGGUACCGACAGAAGCAUGUCCCCUGUAUUGUGAGAAGCCUGCAUGGGUGUGUGUGUGUGUGUGUGCUGUACUUAGGACUGCAGUGACCGUGAGAGCCUCAGAUCGGUGUUAGUUUGUGUGCUGUCCUCUCUCUGGGCCGCUCUGAGGAGCCCAGGUGAUGAAUGGGAUGUUUAGCUCUCUGGCGCCGUGGCAACCUGCCCACUCACUUCUUGGCUUCUUAAUGUUAACAAACGGUGCUGUGAGCAUGUGCAGUGCCUCGGGCGCCGUCGCUCCAGGCGUACGGGGGAGGGCCGGACGCUGGGAGGGUCUGAACCCGGCUGAGCAGACCUCUGGACCGGGAGGCUGAGUACCGAUAGGGGGCGCUACGCUGUCCAGAGAGGGCAGGAGACCACGCCUCUGAUCCUCCCUCCAGCCCCCGGUCCUACCAGAGGUUCUAGGUCUAGGCCCCAUCGCGUGCUGGUCUGAAGUAGGUAGGCGCUGCUGGGGUCCAGGUGUCUGAACACCUGGGUCUGGGCGGGGCUCAGGAGGUGUUAUUCUGGGCCCAGCGGUGAGAGGAUGGACACAGAAUGUGUAUUUAUUUAGUUAUUGUGUGUUGUUGACCCGAUAUACUGGCUGAUUGGAGCCCAUUAUAGAUGGUGUGAUUAUUGUAUUAUUUAGCUGCUUGAAGUGAUGUGAGGAACACCUACUACCCUAUAUCUACAGGCCGUAUCCACGUGGAGUUUAUAUGUAGUAAAGGAAACUUCUAUUUUUUCAUGUUGCUCUUUCGUCAGCGCUGAUCCGAUCUGACUUCACUGACCUCAAUGCUGACCUCCCCUCCUCCCCCCUCUCGCCCUGGGGGAGAGGGGGGAGGAGAGAGGGUGGGAGGGGGCGAGCCGGUGGGAGGGGGGUCUCUGGGACUUCAGUCUCAGGCGGCGUCACUAAGGGCUCUGGCUGGCAAGGCGCAAAGACGUUCCAUAUUCCAUUAGGCAUUAUGGCGGGAAAAAGACCUUGAACCCUUAACUCUAUGGCCAGUGAAGAGGAGCUUACGUUUGGGUUGACGUUGUGUGCAUUUGGAGCACUCUUUAACGCAUCCAUGUUUUGGAGACGUUAGUUUUUUAGGGUGUUUUCCGGUCGUUAGCCUAAAACAGACUAACGCUCUUUUGAAGGAAGAUGGUAUCUAAACAUAACUGCUGCCAUAUAACUGCCCCCCUGCCCACAUUUAACAGAAAUCAUUAUCUGAACGUAGUUUACCACUAUGGAUGCAACUAGAGGACUGUUAUUUACUGCAUGCCCAAGUUAACAAAAAGCAAGCAGUCAUGUCUUUUUGUGGCUGCAGAAGUUUAAAACUGGCAGCUGAAAAUCAAAUGAGGCGAGUUCGAAGACUGACUUUUGUUGGAUUGAAUAAUGUCCCGUAACUUACUUUUCAGUUCCUCCAAGGUUUCCUAGUUUCUGGGAAAGUUUUGUGUCCAAACAUCUUACUGACCUCGUUUUUCCUUUUCAAACUAGUGUGUACCCUUUAAAAUGACCUGUAGUUUAAGAGAUGCAGUCAGCUCCAUACUGCUUGAUACUUCCGUCGCUACAUAGUGAAUACUGUGGCUGUUCUGUCUUUACGUCGUGAGUACUUUGGCUGUUCUGUUUUGACAUAGUGAAGACUGUGGCUGUUCUGUCUUUACGUCGUGAAUACUGUGGCUGUUCUGUCUUUACGUCGUGAAUACUUUGGCUGUUCUGUUUUGACAUAGUGAAUACUGUGGCUGUUCUGUCUUUACGUCGUGAAUACUGUGGCUGUUCUGUCUUUGCGUACUGAAUACUGUGGCUGUUCUGUCUUUACGUACUGAAUACUGUGGCUGUUCUGUCUUUACGUACUGAAUACUGUGGCUGUUCUGUCUUUACGUACUGAAUACUGUGGCUGUUCUGUCUUUACGUACUGAAUACUGUGGCUGUUCUGUCUUUACGUACUGAAUACUGUGGCUGUUCUGUCUUUACGUACUGAAUACUGUGGCUGUUCUGUCUUUACGUACUGAAUACUGUGGCGUUGUGCAAUAUUUCCUGUCUGUGUGUGUCUGCCUGUUCUUAAUGUCUGUCCCAUUAGGUUCUGUGUUUGUGAGGCCAUAUUUACAUCAACACUAAAAGGAAUUUGAAUCCGGUCACCAGGCAUAUGAAGAGCUUUAGAAUGACCAAUAUGAGAUUAAAUAGCUUGACCGUAUUGAUUGGAUAUAAAUUAAGACUAAAGUAAAGGCUGCAUCUGUGGCUGAUUGCAGUCCCAAGUGAUGAUGUCAUCAUUGAGUAUGUGGUCGUGAGUGAUGUCAUCAUUGAGUAUGUGUUCGUGAGUGAUGAUGUCAUCAUUGAGUAUGUGGUCGUGAGUGAUGAUGUCACCAUUUCAUAUAGUAGAAACAAUACUUUGCAUGACCUACCAAAUAUACUAGAGAUGUUGAAUGUUAUUUUCUGUCAAAAAUAAUAAAUAUGCCGAUGUGUACUUGAAUAUAAUGCCUGAAAAUAUAACAUUAUUAAUAUUUAGAGAUGAUAUUUGCAAUAUUGCAUAAUGAAGUCAUAUAUUUUAUAUUGCAAUACCCUGAUGAAGUAACUUUGACAAGAGGAAGAUUGAUAGUUUGUCUUUUAAAAGCAAUAUGUAUAAACAAAACAAUGUGCCAUAUAUUACUAAACUGUCAUUCUUCUUGUAUAGUUUCCUUCUCAAGCAGUCUUGUCUUUGUCUAUUAAAAACCACUAGUUACAUAAUGAUGAAGACGUGUGUAGCAAGCAGUAUGUACGUAUGUUUGUAUGGGCGACCCCUCAGCUAACCUCCAGCUACAGAAAUAAAGACGCCUGCUUCACC